AUGUUUAGUUCUUUAUUAUUACCACUUACAAGAGCAGUCGAUGGAUGCCAAAUCAGUGUCAUGAUGGCAUCAGAAGCUCGCCACAUGAACAUUACAGAUAACUACGGUUGUUUAAUUAUUCAAGCUUCACAAUGGUAUGAUUUUUCCAAUGAAGGACCUGGAUCUGCUAUAUAUUGUUAUAACUUAGAUACAAGUAUUUUCAUCAAAUGCUGUUAUUUCGAAAGAUGCUACGUUCCUGAAGGAUCUGACGGAGCCAUUCAUGUUUUCGUUAAAAAUAUCAAUUUUAACUGCGUCGCAGCUUCAGAUGUUGCUGCAAAGGAAAAUCAAUUCGGAACGGUCAGUGUUCAAUCAAAAUUCAGAAUGAACUUGAAGUACUUCUCACUUACACAAACUGGGUUAUAUUCAUCAGCGAAUAUAGGCGAAAACCACAAUUUUAAUUACUUAAAUGGAGCUCUCCAAUGGGAUUAUUCCAAUAUUUCUCAUUGUGAAGUCGUUGGAGCUUCUUCUCAUUUCACUUUACAAGCAGAAAAUGCUAUGAGUGUGAAAUGCUGCUACGGACUUUUCAUAAAUGGAAAAGGAACGACUUGCGUCAGUUUAACUUCAAAGAAAGGACGAAAGAUAUUAGAAAACAUCAACAUGAUUAACCUUACAUCAUCCAAAGGCGUUUUACAGCUCGAAGGAUCUUUUAAUUUCCACUCGAUUUUUGUUGGAAAUUAUCAAGGUCCAUUUUUCAAUAUUGUCGGAAAAUACGAGCUGAAGAUAUCUACCCUUUAUUACCUUAACAGCGCUCCUUCACAUCAGAACAUAAAAAUAGAUAAACUUGAACAAAGGAAUGAAUCACUAGUUAUCGAUGAUAAGUAUAUGUUUAACAGAUACAGAUGGAAUUUGAAUUAA